AGCUGUUCAUUGGUUGGUUUUGCAGAUACAGAUCUCACACCCCUGCAUGUUUUGCGAGGUUUUAUUAAAAUCAUGGCUAACAACGCGUAUUGAUCUAUGUCAUUGGUAUGAAUUAGUAGACCAUAAUUUUCAUACUCAAGGUUUUGGAUUACAGUGACAGAAAAAUAACACCUACUGACAGAUUGCUCUGAUCUGAUCUAAACAUGGAUGACAGCUGUCGGGAGAGCUCAGAUUAUGAAAUCUUGGCAGAAAUCGGCCAGGGCGCCUACGGGAAAGUGUACAAAGCCCGAGAGAGGCGCGGGCAGCAGCGCUUCAUAGCGGUGAAGAGACUCAACAUCCCCGAGGAGCCGGAGUCUGGCAUCCCUCAGUUCGUGAUUCGAGAAGUGGCUCUUCUGCGCAAAAUAGAGCACUUCAACCACCCCAACAUAGUCAAGCUGCUGAAUGUAUCAACUGGAUGGCAAAACCAGAAGCUUGACCUGACGCUGGUGUUUGAGUAUAUUGAUCAGGAUCUGACUGCAUUUCUCAGCAGAGCAUCAGAAAAAGGCCUGGCCAGAGACAAAAUAAAGGAUGUGAUGCGUCAGCUGCUCAGCGGACUUGACUUCCUCCACACUAACACCGUCAUUCACCGGGAUCUAAAGCCAGACAAUGUGCUCGUGAGCUGUCGAGGGGAGGUCAAGAUUGCAGACUUCGGUUUAGCCAGGAUAUACACAUACCAUAUCGCCCUCACCCCAUGUGUUGUGACUUUGUGGUACAGGGCUCCAGAGGUCCUACUGCAGUCCAGUUACAUGUCUUCUGUGGAUAUGUGGAGUGCAGGGUGCAUCUUUGCAGAGCUCUUUCUAUUAAGGCCUUUGUUUCGUGGAUUCACAGAGAUCCAGCAGCUGCAAAAGAUCUUCGAGAUAAUUGGAUUGCCGGGUGAGGAGGACUGGCCCAUAGAAAGCCCUGUCUGCUACAGCCCUGCCUGGGCUGAGAAAAAGCCUACAAAACAACUACUGCCCAGUCUCACCCAUGAGGAGAAUGACCUGCUGUCUCAAUUUUUGGCUUUCAGUCCAGCUCAUCGCAUCUCUGCCUGUAGAGCUUUGGCCCACCCUUUCCUGGCAGACUGCAACAGUGAAGACGAAUGACAGAUGAGUGAAGAGGGCGGGGUCAUGUGACUAGACAGGCUCCUCCCACUCAAUCAGGGUUGCACCAAGAAUUAUUCUGUCAGAUUGUUUUAAUUUUUUAUAAUGGAGUAAAGUGCAACACCUUAACCUGUAACUCACAAUUUUUUUUCAAACAUUUUUGGUGGAAAUGACUUGUACUGCUAAAAAGAAACAAAUUCCCUAAAAAUAUCCAGCUGUUUUUGGAGCUCUCCCUCCUUUCUAUACUGUACCAUCACCUUGUUCAUGUGUUUACAACGGUGAAGAUUGAGAAUUUGUCUUUCUCACAUGCGACAACUCUCUAAUAAUGACAUUUUUGUUUAUGUUGUAGCACAAUUGGUUGUCUAACAGGUAAGUUUAAUGUUUCCAGUUAUUUUCAGCGUGCUGCCUUUUGAAAGUUGACUUUUAGUGAUGCUUUUGUGUUUGUUUUGACAUUAAUUUAAAGUGUUUGCUUGUUUUUAAUCACAUAUGCAGUGUUUUAAGUUCUGAGCAAAUUGUUUGAAGUUUUUAUGUUUCUGUUCCUGAUGAAUUUGCUGUGGUAAACACAAACUAGAGCCAACAGUGCCUGUUUGUUAUUAAAUGCUGUGAGAUUGAUAUUUAAACAUAGUUAUGACAUUAUGACCUUUCAAAUGUAUACAAUAAAUUAAAUUUGUAAUUUAAUGCA